GUGCCACAUCAGCAGGUGCCACGUCGACAACUGCCACGUGAGAAGGUGCCACAUCAGCAGUUCCCGCUGUAGCAGCCCCACGUUUGUGCCCCCCACAUUGCUGCUUGCCAUGUAUACCGUCCUGUGACAUGGAAGACGGAGCAGAGGGGCCAUUCGAGGAGGACAUGGCCUGCCCAAGGGACCAUGUGUUGUGGAGUUGGGUGACUCCUGGGCAGAUGCUGCCAGACAAUUCUCGCGGGUUUAGAAGGUUGUGCUGCAAGCUUUGCAACAAGGAAUACAAAGGGAACCGGAAGCGUGCACCAGAUCACUUCAUUCCGGCGAGGGCGUCAGCCAGGUGUCCGGGUUCGAACCUCUCCAUUUGGAAGAGGCUGCAUCGCAUCGGUGCAAAACUGCCACCGAAAUUGCUCGCGAGGGUGCAAACAGCGCUGGAGCAGGACAGGGACGAUGACGACGACGACGUUCCUAACGUGGCAGGUGAUGGAGAAGGAGGGGGAGGUGGGAUUGCUAAUGAGCUUGAGGAGGCACGUGGUGGGGAGGGUGUGGAAGGAAUGGACGAGGGGACGAGGGGCGUUGUGACAGGAGGAUCCGCCGAUGGAGGGAGGCCUGCAUCCUCACAAGCUGUGAUGCAGGGGGCCCGCACACGCAGGCCAGGAAGGCAGACGAGCAUCAAGAGGUUCGCGAAGAACCCAAGGCAAGAGGAGAUUGAUGACUCCUGCUGUGAGUUCUUUGUGGAGAACGCGAUCCCGUUCAACGCAGCCAAGAGCAGGAGCUUCAAGAAGUUCACACGGGCGUGUUACGGUCCAAAACCUGCAGCGAGUCACCCUCUUGUGCCUACUGGGUACAACCCUCUCAGGUGUCGAUUGUUGGAUCGCCUUAACAAGAGGUUGGAGAACGAGGACCAGGCGAUCCAUGACGACUGGCAGGUGACUGGCUGCACGUUCAUAACCGAUGGGACCACAAACAUUUGUGGUCGAUUGCUUAUGAACUACAUACUUGCAGGUCGGUUGAAGCCUGUUUUCAUCAAGCGUGAGGAUGCCAGCGAAGGGGACAAGGACUCACCAAUUGUCGUUGUCGAAUGGAAGCGGUUCUUCAAGGAGUGGGGGGUGGAGAAGAUCGCGGCUAUCUGCAUGGACUCUUUUGCAGGCAACACGAGUUGCAGCUGCCUCCUCCGACCGGCGCAGACGAGGUUCGGGAUGCACUACGUGAUGCUGCACCGGCUGGAGGUCUGCGAGAAGGCCAUCAAAUGGAUUGUCACCGGGCAGGAAUGGGAGGCGCAGGUGUGGCGAGGGGACAUCAGGGCCAAGGCCUUCUUCAUGGAGGAGACAGUUCUUGACAAGGCCUACUGGGCUGAUGUCAGGAAUCUGACCGCCGUUAUGAAGGGGCCUUAUGACGUGUUGCGCGAGGUUGACAAAGAUGUCCACUACUUGUCCCGCAUCUAUGAUAUGGCGUGCAAACUGCCCGGCUUCGUUCGAUCAGCCCCCCUUACUGCAGAGCAGCAAGAUGACAGCUCAAGGAAGUCGGGAACAGGACGGAACAUGCUGCUCAGCCCCAUCCACAUUGUUGCUCGGUUGUUGGAUCCUCAGUUGAGGGACAUUACUGUUUUCAGUAAUGUGGACCUCAUGGCACAAUUUGAGAGUGUGGUGGAGAGGCUGAUUGGAAAAAAGGGAAGCACGAGAUUUGACGACUGCAUGGACCAGUUCUACGACUUCCAGGCACUUGUUCUGCGGUGGGCAGGGCACUUGUUCUGCGGUGGGCAGGGCACUUGUUCUGCGGUGGGCAGCACCACUGUUCGCCACGAUCUAGCUGGGCCUUCGACAUCGAGGUCCGUGCAAAGAUUAGGGCAUGCGGAGGAGGUCGAGGAGGAGGAGGACGGCGAGGAGGACGACGCUGAGGAUGAGGACGAGGAGGAGGUGGAGGACAUUCCCGGCGAGGAGUAGGUGGACGAGAGGUCGGACUCUGACAGGUCUUGGACGAGGAGAGAGGACGCCCCGUAUGUUCGAGGCACACGAUCUGGAUUGCGAUCCCAGA